CUCCCAACAUGCCCCGCGUCCCCGCCCUGCCUCCGCCGCUGUAGGGGAUAGGUGCGCCGCGCCGCGCCGCGCCGGGAUGGCGUUGGAAGUGAGGCGCAUGGAGGGUGAUGUGGAGGAUGGCGAGCUUUCCGACUCGGACUCCGACAUGCCCGGCGCCGGUUCUCCCAGGGACCGGCAGCAGAAAUCACAUGAUGGCAGUAAUGCAGGCAGACUUUUCCAGAGCAGUGUUUCAUCAGGUGCACCAGAUGUUCCUUAUCGGACAACCAAAAGCGUAGAUUCAAGUGAUGAAAGCUUUUCUGAAUCUGAUGAUGACAGCUGUCUGUGGAAACGAAAACGGCAGAAGUGUUUCAACUUUCCUCCUGCUAAAUCUGAGCCCUUUCUGCUUAAUCAGAGCCACCAGAAACAAACUGCUCCAGGUGGUAAGAAAGUUAACAACAUCUGGGGCAUGGUGCUCCAGGAGCAAAAUCAGGAUGCAGUGGCUACUGAACUUGGGAUUCUAGGAAUGGAUGGAAGUAUUGACAGGAGCAGGCAGUCGGAGACUUACAAUUAUUUAUUGGCUAAAAAGCUGAUGAAGGAAGCUCAGCAGAAGGAGGCAGAGACUUUAGAUAAAGAACUGGAUGAAUACAUGCAUGAUGACAAGAAAACAUUGCCAGCAGAAGAAGAAAAUGGACAAGGCUUUCUCAAACGGAAGCGAUCAGUAAAAGAUAGACUAGGUGAAAGACAAGAAAUGAAAUACAAAGGAAGAUAUGAAAUAACAGAAGAAGAUUCAGAGGAGAAAGUAGCAGAUGAAAUUGCUUACCGGCUUUGUGAACCAAAGAAAGAAUUAAUAGCUCGAGUCGUGAAAAUAAUUGGAAAGAGAAAAGCUAUCGAACUUCUUAUGGAAACUGCUGAAGUGGAACAGAAUGGUGGACUGUUCAUAGUGAACGGUACUAGGAGGAGAACACCAGGGGGUGUUUAUUUAAACCUGCUGAAGAACACACCCAGUAUCAAAGAAGAACAAAUCAAGGAAAUAUUCUAUCUGGAAAACCAAAAGGAGUAUGAAAACAAAAAAGCUGCUAAGAAGAGGAGAAUACAAGUUCUAGGAAAGAAGAUGAAAAAAGCCAUUAAAGGGCUAAACCUGCAGGAAUAUGAUGAUGCGUCUCGUGAAACUUUUGCUAGUGACACAAACGAAGCUCUGGCUUCUCUGGAUGAUUUACAGGAGGGGCAUCAUGAAACAAAGAUGGAACCUGAAGAUAUUAUAGAAAUUGAUAAUGCUCAUGAUUUGGAGAUCUUUUAGAUAUUAAUGAUAACAAAGUUUCUAUAAAACAUAUUAAACUUUUUUAAUUAUCCCAUUACUACUUGUUUUCAUAAAUUGCAGAAACAUGGGAAAUAUUUGAUGAAGAGGAAAAUGACAUAGUGCUUAGCUAAAUUUAACAGCAUGAAAGAUGUUAACUGUCCUCUUAUUUGUUCACCGAGUCCUCAAAAACUGAUAAGAUUUUUCUCAAUAACAGCUCUGCAUCAGUGUUCCAUAGGAAGGUUGUUCUAGCCACAUGUUAAUUUUAGUAAUUAACACUUUUGACAAAAUAAAUCCAGCUUAGUCUGCUGAAGCUGACGAAGUUGCUAUCGAGUAGGGGAUGUUCCUAAUUCUAGUUGAACAGAUACACCAGUAUAAAGUUACUCUUGAUGUAAGAGAUUCUGUGGUGUUAAUAUGACAGUGUGCUGACAAGAAUAGCAAUGUUUAUGUGAUUAAGACCCAUAAAAUCAGAUUAAUUUGUGAAAUUAUCUGCAUUUUAAUGUUGGCAACCUUUGAAUAACAAUCUUGUAAAUAGGUACUGCUGAGCAAUGUACGUUUUAAAUUUCUGCAGGAGUUUAUUCCAUUUAAUAGUAGUGGUUUGAGCUUCCUAGUUGUUCUAUCUAAACUUUUUCUAUGAAUAAACAUACACAGUUUACACAUCUCUUUGUUCUAAAACACAUCUCUUUCUGAAUAGAGAGAUUGUAUUAAUGUGUUUGCUUUGAGUGUCUUUAUACCCUACAUGUAGGUAUAAACAUUGCAGUUCUUGUUUCCAUGCUUUUUCUUGUGGUAGAAUGAAGUAAUGUGCAGCUUGCUGGAAUUAUGAAGCUUUUAUUUGCUGAAUCUUAAGAAAACAAAGUAUGCAAAAAAUAACUUCAACUUGACACAGAAGACCUUUACUUUUUAAGUUCGAAGAUAAUGUUUUGGUUAUAAAUGAAGAAAGUUUGUGACACUGAUAUGUAUAAUGCUUACAAUACUUUCUCACUAUUGAGUUGUGUUUUCUGUGAAUAGACACGUUAUUUUGCAAUAUAAAA